AUGGCCGACUUCUUGUUACAACCGGGUUCUAAUAGCUUCCACCGGUUCACACUUGAAUCCUUGGCUGCUAUUGAGAAGCGAAUUGCAGAGAAACUUGCAAGGAAUGCCAAACAGGAGUACAGAGAUCAGCCAGAUGAUGAGGAAAAGCCUCGGCCUCAGUUUGACUUACAAGCUUGCAAAAAGUUGCCUGGUAUCUAUGGGACUCUUCCUCCAGAGCUCAUUGGGGAACCACUGGAGGAUCUCGACCCUUACUACAGUGACCACAAGACAUUUAUAGUACUGAACAAAGGGAAGACAAUCUUUCGAUUUAGUGCCACUCCUGCCUUGUAUAUACUUAGUCCUUUCCAUCCAGUCAGAAGAGCAGCAAUUAAAAUUUUGGUACAUUCAUUGUUCAGUAUGUUUAUUAUGUGCACUAUUUUAACCAACUGUGUGUUCAUGGCACAAUCGGAGGUUCAAUCAUGGAAUAAAUAUGUUGAGUACACUUUCACUGGCAUUUACACUUUUGAAUCAUUGAUAAAAAUACUGGCAAGAGGAUUUUGUAUGACAGAAUUCACCUUCCUUCGAGAUCCAUGGAAUUGGCUGGAUUUCAGUGUCAUUGUUAUGGCAUACAUAACUGAAUUUGUGGACCUGGGCAAUGUCUCAGCCUUACGAACGUUCAGAGUUCUUCGGGCGCUGAAAACAAUCUCAGUCAUUUCAGGAUUGAAGACCAUCGUAGGUGCACUUAUCCAGUCUGUUAAGAAACUUGCUGAUGUGAUGAUCCUGACCGUUUUCUGCUUGAGUGUCUUUGCCCUUAUAGGCCUCCAGCUCUUUAUGGGCAAUUUGAGACAUAAGUGUGUCAGGAACUACACCGAAUUUAACUCUACCAAUGGCACAUUUUAUUCAGGCGUUCAGAAGUGGAAUUCCUUGGAUGAUUUUCUUAAUGAUCCAGAAAACUACUUCAUAAAAAAUGGCACUUCGGACGCACUACUCUGUGGCAACAGCUCAGACGCUGGCACCUGUCCAACGGGAUAUAGAUGCCUAAAGGCUGGUGAAAAUCCUGAUCAUGGCUAUACAAGCUUUGAUACUUUUGGCUGGGCCUUUCUCUCUUUGUUCCGCCUGAUGACACAGGAUUGCUGGGAGCGUCUCUAUCAACAGACUCUCAGAUCUGCUGGGAAGAUCUACAUGCUCUUUUUUAUGCUGGUCAUCUUUCUGGGCUCAUUUUAUCUGAUCAACUUGAUCCUGGCUGUAGUAGCCAUGGCUUAUGAAGAGCAGAACCAAGCCACUAUUGCUGAAACAGAGGCAAAGGAAAGGAAGUUUCGGGAAGCCAUGGAAAUGUUAAAGAAAGAGCAGGAGGCACUGGCUGCUAGAGGAAUUGAUUCAAUGUCACUUAGCUCAUUUGAAAUGUCACCUUUAGCAUCCAAAAAUGCCAAAGAGAGAAGAAAUAGGAGAACGAAAAAGAGGUCCUUGGGGGUAGAAGAUUAUGGGGAAGACCAAAAGGUUCCCAAAUCUGAGUAUGAUUGUGGUCAGCGAAGAAUGACUCUCCUUGACAUUAGCUAUGGUCCAAAUGCAAACUCAGUGAAGCGCAGAACCAGCCAUGGAAGUAUAUUCAGUUUCCGAUUCCGUGGCAGAGACAUUGGCUCCGAAACAGAUUUUGCCGACGAUGAGAUCAGCACUGCCGGGGAAAAUGAAAGCCAGCGUGGCUCACUUUUAAUUCCAAGGACUGGGAGACGUUCAAGCAUGCAAAGUCAAGCAAGCCAUAGCUCUCACCCUCCUACUCCAAACUACAUGCAGAAUGGCAAGAGGAACAGCUCAGUGGAUUGCAAUGGUGUGGUUUCCUUGAUAGGAGGAGGCACCGGGGCUCACAACCCAGAUGCAACGUCUCCUUCAGGGUUACUGCUGCCCCCAGUUAUUAUGGAAAACCCUGGGACAGGCGACGUGACCUCUCCAUCUGAUGAGGCAAGCAAAAAGCAGCUUUUGAUGCCCCAUCGCCUUUCAGUGGACCAUUGUGACCUGCCAUUUCAAAGACAACGAGCAGUGAGUGCAGUCAGUAUCAUUACCAGUGCCAUGGAAGAGCUUGAGGAAUCACAACAGCGAUGUCCUCCAUGCUGGAAUCAUUUUGCCGUUAAAUUUCUCAUUUGGGAUUGCUCUCCAUUGUGGUUGUUAAUCAAGAAACAUGUGAAGUUUGUGGUAAUGGAUCCAUUUACUGACCUCACGAUCACCCUUUGCAUUGUGAUGAAUACUCUCUUCAUGGCAUUGGAGCAUUACAAGAUGACGAAGGAGUUUGAUGACAUGCUUUACAUAGGCAAUCUGGUCUUCACUGGGAUUUUUACAGCAGAAAUGAUCUUCAAAAUAAUUGCCUUAGAUCCCUACUACUAUUUUCAGCAGGGCUGGAAUAUUUUUGACAGUAUAAUUGUUAUCCUAAGCCUAAUGGAACUGGGUUUAUCCAGCAUGGGAAAUCUGUCUGUUUUACGCUCAUUCAGAUUGCUGAGAGUCUUCAAAUUGGCAAAGUCCUGGCCAACCUUAAAUACUCUCAUUAAAAUCAUUGGUAACUCAGUGGGUGCCCUGGGUAACCUCACCCUGGUUCUGGCGAUCAUAGUCUUUAUUUUCGCUGUGGUAGGAAUGCAGCUUUUUGGAAAAGACUACUUAAUAAAAGUCAGCAAGAUAAGCCCUAAUAACAAUUUGCCCCGCUGGCACAUGAACGAUUUCUUCCAUUCAUUCCUUAUUAUAUUCCGAAUUCUCUGUGGAGAAUGGAUUGAAACCAUGUGGGAUUGUAUGGAAGUAGCUGGACAACCAUUGUGCCUUCUCGUCUUCUUGCUGGUCAUGGUGAUAGGAAACCUAGUGGUGCUCAACCUGUUCCUUGCCUUGCUACUGAGUUCUUUUUGUGCUGACAACCUUUCAGCACCGGAUGAAGAUGGAGAGAUGAACAAUCUACAGCUCGCUUUUGCUCGGAUCAACAGGGGGCUUCAGUAUGUGAAAAACACAACAUGGGAUUUCUGUUGUAAUUUACUUAGGCAUCCGAAGACGACAGCUGAAAAGAAGGCAAUGAUUAAACUUGCUGCCCAGAACACAGGUGUCCUUCACAACUAUGUGAAUAGCCAUACCACUGCAGAGAUUGGUAAAGAUGUGGAGAACCACAAAGAGAACCAUGUUGAUGAUGGGACUGACAAAAAUGGGCAGAAACUCCCAGUGAUUAGUGACAAUGAUGAUUUUCUGACCAACCCUGACCUGUCCAUCUGUGUUCCCAUUGCUGUGGGGGAGUCUGAUAUUGAAGAUCAAGAAGAUGAUGAGGAGCAGAGCACAUUCACAGAAAUGGAACAGGUAGGGAGCCAAAAUCUUGAUGAAAUCAGUCUCUCUGAAGGCAGCACAGUGGAUUUGGGAAAUUCUGCAGAGCUACUGGAACAGAUCCCCGACCUGGCUGAUGAUUUAAUGGAACCUGAGAACUGUUUUCCAGAAGUCUGUGUCCGAUUCUUCCCUUGCUGUUCAGUGGAUACCACAACAUUUUCAGGCAAAAUUUGGUGGAGGCUGAGGAAAACCUGCUACAGAAUAGUUGAACACAACUGGUUCGAAACUUUCAUCAUAUUCAUGAUCCUGCUGAGCAGCGGCACGCUGGCAUUUGAAGAUAUUUACCUUGAAGAGAGAAAAAACAUUAAAACCCUGUUGGAAUAUGCUGACAAAAUUUUCACUUACAUCUUUGUCCUGGAGAUGCUUCUGAAAUGGGUGGCUUAUGGCUUCAAGAAAUAUUUCACCAAUGCCUGGUGUUGGCUUGACUUCCUAAUUGUAGAUGUCUCUUUAAUAAGCCUCAUAGCUAACUCACUUGGAUACUCCGAAAUGGGUCCUAUUAAAUCCCUUAGGACUCUCCGAGCUUUGAGACCAUUAAGAGCAUUGUCACGAUUUGAAGGGAUGAGGGUGGUUGUGAAUGCCCUGUUAGGCGCCAUCCCUUCCAUCAUGAACGUUCUGCUCGUCUGCCUCAUUUUCUGGCUCAUUUUUAGCAUCAUGGGAGUGAACCUGUUUGCAGGAAAGUUUGGAAAAUGCAUUAACAAGACAGCAGGAGAUAUGCCUUUAGACUCUAAAGUUAUUAAUAACAUGAGCGAGUGCAUACUCUAUAACGUGACAGGCAAUUUUUACUGGACAAAAGUUAAAGUCAACUUUGAUAACGUUGGUGCUGGUUACCUGGCUCUUCUACAGGUGGCAACAUUUAAAGGUUGGAUGGACAUUAUGUAUGCAGCAGUAGAUUCACGAGGGUGUGAGGAUCAACCUGAAUGGGAAUAUAAUUUAUACAUGUACCUCUACUUUGUGAUUUUCAUCAUCUUCGGGUCUUUCUUCACAUUGAAUCUCUUCAUAGGCGUCAUUAUUGACAAUUUUAACCAACAAAAGAAAAAGAUAAGUGGGCAAGACAUCUUUAUGACAGAGGAACAGAAAAAGUAUUAUAAUGCAAUGAAAAAACUGGGCUCCAAGAAACCCCAAAAACCCAUCCCAAGGCCAGUGAACAAAUACCAAGGUUUUAUCUUUGACAUAGUCACCAAACAAGCCUUUGAUGUCUCCAUCAUGAUUCUCAUCUGCCUUAACAUGGUCACCAUGAUGGUGGAAACAGAUGACCAGAGUCUAGAAAAAGUGAACAUCCUUCAUAAAAUCAACAUGCUCUUCGUUGCCAUCUUCACAGCAGAGUGCAGCAUCAAAAUGUUGGCUUUAAGACACUACUAUUUCACCAAUGGCUGGAACAUAUUUGAUUUUGUUGUUGUGAUUCUAUCCAUUGUGGGUACCGUGCUUUCCGACAUCAUUCAACAAUAUUUUUUCUCUCCUACACUCUUCAGAGUCAUUCGCUUGGCUCGGAUUGGCAGGGUCCUAAGACUUAUACGAGGAGCCAAAGGAAUCAGAACUCUCCUUUUUGCCUUAAUGAUGUCCCUUCCUGCUCUGUUCAACAUUGGCCUCCUUCUUUUUCUGGUCAUGUUUAUUUACGCCAUUUUUGGAAUGGCUAAUUUUGCCUAUGUUAAAAAGGAGAAUGGGAUUGAUGACAUGUUCAACUUCCAAACCUUCGCUAACAGCAUGCUCUGUCUUUUCCAAAUUACAACCUCAGCUGGCUGGGACGGUCUUCUCAAUCCUAUUUUAAACACUGGACCGCCAUAUUGUGAUCCGAACCUAAAAAAUGCAAAUGGUUCGAAGGGAGACUGUGGAAGCCCUGCUGUAGGGAUUCUAUUCUUUGUUACUUAUAUCAUUAUAUCAUUUCUCAUUGUUGUAAACAUGUACAUAGCCAUUAUUUUAGAGAACUUCAGCGUAGCCACUGAGGAAAGUACAGAGCCUCUAAGCGAAGAUGACUUCGAUAUGUUUUAUGAAAUCUGGGAGAGGUUUGAUCCUGAAGCGACUCAAUUUAUUGAGUAUUCUGUGCUUUCAGACUUUGCAGAUGCUCUGGCAGAACCUUUACGCAUAGCAAAACCAAACAAAAUUAAACUCAUAGCCAUGGACCUUCCCAUGGUCAGCGGAGAUAGGAUCCACUGCUUGGAUAUUUUAUUUGCUUUUACCAAACGGGUACUAGGAGAAACUGGGGAAAUGGAUGCCCUUAAAAUACAGAUGGAGGAAAAGUUUAUGGCUGCCAAUCCAUCUAAAAUUUCUUAUGAACCAAUCACAACCACACUCAGACGGAAACAAGAGGAGGUUUCUGCCAUUAUUAUCCAGAGGGCCUACAGGAGUCAUUUGUUUCAACGCUCCUUGAAGCAGGCCUCUUUCUUAUACCGUCAUCAGGCUUGUGAUGGCAACAUGCUUGAAGAUGAGGCACCUGAGAAAGACGGUCUCAUUGCAUUCAUGAUGAAUGAAAAUUAUGGUAGGCCAAUAGACAAAUCAGAAACUGUGUCCUCAACAUCUUUCCCUCCAUCCUAUGACAGUGUCACCAGAGCCACUAGUGACAACCUCCAGCUAAAGGUGACAGACUCUAGCAAAAGUGAUGAACCUGUAUAUUAUCUGCUAUCUCCAGACAGAGAUAAAGAAUCAAUUGUCUAAAUGUUUGUUUAGAAUGCUUUAAAAUAUUGUUUACAGAAUGUAACGCUGUAACUACACAACAAUUGACGCAGCCUUCUUAUUAAAUAUUAGUUGCAAAAUAAACAAUGGAGUUUUUACCCUUAACGAUGGGAGUCGAUAUGUUAUAACCUUUGACCCUGCUCUUUUCACCAUUGCUCAAUGUUUAUAUAUGCACAGGAAGAAUCUGUGCAGGGUCAUAGCUGUUAUAUCAGUGGUGUGAUUAUGAAUCUGCUAGACUGUAAAACAGUAAACACAGUGUAUAUCUAUCCACAGAUAAAGCCAGGCUGUAAACAUUCAUUGAAGGUCUUACUCAUAUUAGUGUGUUUACUUAUGGCAAUGUAUGACCUUGCAUUCUAAAAAGAAAAAAAAAUAUAUCACAGCUGCUGUAGCAAAAUGUAACACUUACUGUAUAUGUUGUGAAUGGUCUUUCAUAAAUUUAUUAUAUUUGAUAUUUUUUUACUUAAAUCAAAUAAUUGUCUCUUUUUCCAUGGAGAUAGAUGAUCCUUACGCCCGACAUGUUAAACUCUGAACCAAGGUAACAAUAAUUGGUGGGACACCUGUCAGUCACAGAGGAAAGUUGUUGCAAAAUAAAAUAUUUAAUCAACAACAUAUAACUGUUUAUUACAAUAUGACCUCCCCUUUGGGACAUGUAACUGCUUGUCAUCAGUAAUACAAAAAAAAAUGAGGAGGAAGAAAGUGAUGUCAAAUAAUAAAAAGAGAAAUGGCUUGUUCUACCCUACAGGAAAUCAGACAGUAAUGGAUGCUGCUUGUAAAACAAUUAAUAAAAAUACUAAUUUUUUAGUAUGUUUCAAGAAUAUGCUUUGCUUGUUGUAAUCAAACUCUCUUAGAAAUAGGUUAUGACCCUGUAAUCUGAUGUAAAGUGCCCCAAAGCACUAUGUAUCCAGAUAGAUUUUCUGUUAAGUGAGUGGGAUAGGAUGUUUUCUCCAAUG